AUGGCGGAAGAGAACGUCGCUGUUUCGGGAAGGAUGCUCACGAAGCCCCUCGUCCUGGUGACCCUCAUCUCUGCCUUUGGGUCAUCUGUCCAGUACGGUUACAACGCUUUUCUGGUCACCUACCCCGCCGAGCACAUACAAAGCUUCUUCAACGCGACCUACCGGUUCAGGAACGUGAUCAGCAUCGACCGCAACGUGCUGUGGUUCCAGUGGGGACUCACCGUCUCCUUCUUCCCGCUCGGAGGCCUUUGCGGGACUCUCAUGGUCGGGCCGGUGGUGGACAGCAUCGGCAGGAAAAAAACGCUUCUAGCCAAUAACCUGUUGGCCCUGAUCGCGGCUGCCCUUGUGGUUUCCUCCAAGCCAAUGCGUUCCCACGAAAUUCUGAUUUGUUCGCGCCUCUUUGUGGGAAUCUGUGCCGGGGUUGCCUUCAGCGUGGUCCCCAUGUACCUGGCCGAGAUUGCCCCCCAAAAUCUCCGCGGGGCUCUCUGCACGGUGGCUGACCUGUUCAUCACUUUCGGCAGCUUGAUGGCGGAAGUCAUAGGCUUCCAUGAAGUCCUUGGAAGUGAAGAAGGUUGGCCAGUCUUGCUCAGCCUCACCGGGCUCCCGGCGUUGGUGCAACUGCUGUUGCUCCCGUUCUUCCCUGAAAGUCCUCGAUAUCUCCUGAUUCAGAGGAAGCAGGAAGAAGAAGCCCGGAAGGCCUUCAAAAAGCUGAGGGGCUUGGAGGAUGUGGAACGCGAGAUGGAAGAACUCCGACAAGAGGGCCUCUUGGAGAAGGUGGAAAAAGAUAUGGACGUGCUCAAAAUUCUGCAUUAUCCCACCCUCCGAUGGCAUCUUGUGUCUGUCAUCAUCCUGAUGGGGGGUCAGCAGCUCUCUGGGAUCAACGCGGCCCAACAUUAUGCGAAGCAGAUCUACCUGUCCUCGGGGGUCAGCAGAAUGACCAUCUGGUACAUCAGCCUGGCGUUAUCUCUCUUCCUGAUGGUCAUCACCACGCUGGUGAUCAGCAUUGUUGAGUCUUCGGGACGACGGAUCCUGCUUCUCACCGGCUUCAGCAUUUGCAGCAUCUCCUGCAUCUUUCUGACGAUGUCCCUGGAGCUUCAGAAAAACAUCCCCGCCUUGUCGUAUCUGAGCGCGUCCUUUCUGACCAUCUUCCUGAUCGGAUAUGCUACCGGCCCCGGCCCGGUGCCCAGCGUGCUGGUGGCUGAGUUUUUCCUGCAGUCCUCUCGGUCCACGGCCUUCGUGAUCGCGGGUGGCACCCACUGGCUUUGCAAACUCCUCAUCACCGUAACGUAUCUCCACGUAGAAGCGGACCUGGAGCCCUACAGCUUCCUCCUCUUCUGGCCCUUCAGCAUCGCCACCGUCUUUUACGUCUUCAAGAUCAUCCCCGAAACUAAGGAUAGAAGCUUCUUGGAGACCAGGAAGCUGAUGUCCCUCCAUCAGGGCCAGCAGUCCUAA